AUGAAACAAGAAAAUGAUAUUGCAUUAGUAGCUACUUUACCAUCAAGUUUACCAGCAGGUUAUUUUGAUUUAAAAGUACAAGAAUCAAAUUCGAAUCAGAUCGUCAAACCUGAUUUACUUCAUACAAACCAUCAUCAUCAUCAUCUUUUACAUCAUGUAACUUCACCUUUAUCAGGUUCAAUGUUAAUCAAAGAAUUGAUCAUCAAAACAUGUCAAUCAACAUGUCAAUCAAAUCGAGUCUCUUUGCAUGUCCAAGCUACUAAUUCGACUGCACUGAAGUUUUACUUGAGAUUAGGCUUCAAGAAGAUGAUCUUUAAAGAAUCGUAUUAUUCUAAUCAAGCUUUAAAACCUUUGAAUCAUUCUAGAUCUACUACUUCUUCUUCUACUUGUACUUCUUCUACUUUGACUUGCACUUCUGGUGAUGGAUCUGGAGCUGAAUUAUGA